AUGGCGCCCGCCCAAAUCCGCGAGCAAAAGGCCAACAAGAAACAGAAGAACAAAGCAAAGAGCAGAAUCGUGGUACUUCACUUCCGCCACCCAGAACGACUUGCAGAACUCACUCAACGCCUUUUGGAGACGUCAGAAACAGACACCGAAAACGAGGAAAAGACACAACGCUUCCCGCCUCCUUUCCCCUAUAUCGACAACGUCGCACUCGCCAUCCACACCCAAGAUCUCAGCCACUUGGACACCAUCCCAGCAGACAAACAAACCGAUCUGGUAAGUUUCCUCGAGCAAAUUAGUCGAGAAUUACAAUUUCGAUUGCGGAGGAAUAUCAAAUUCUUGCAUGAGCAUGCUAUGCAAUUUGAUGAGGAGACAACCAAAGCUGUGGUGGAGAAAUGGGGUGAGUUGGAGGAAUAUGAUGAUUUGGGGUCGGAUUUGAUGGCGUUGGAGUAUUGUAGAGAGGAGACGAGGAGGGAGUAUGUGGAGGUUUUGUUUAGGCAGUGUGGGGAGCAGAGGGGGUGGGUGAGGGAGGUUGAGAGGUGUAUUUGGGAGCAUUCUUGGGGGGUUUGGGGGGUUAGUGAGGAGGAGGUGUGGAGUGAAGAGAAGGGACGAAUUGUUGAGAGGUUGGUUAGAAGUGAGGAGGAGGGUGGUGAGGAGGACGAGGGGAUAAGAGAGGUGGUGGAGGAGUUGGUGAGGGGGUGGGAGGUUGAUGAGGAUGGGGUGUGA